AUGUCCGGCUUCCUAUCCCAGCAACCCCUCACACCCCCCGCCUCCUCCAUCGCCGCCUCCUCCACCCUCCACUCCCCGCUCCCCCACCCCCGCGCCCAGCCGCUCAAACGCGGCGGCACCAAAGAAUCCGAGUUCAUCCACUACGUCGACGCCACGCUCCUCCUCGUGCAGCGGCGAUGGGCGAAGCGCGCCUUCACCGACGAGCUGGCGGGCCGAGUCAAGGGGUACCACAGCUUCCGCAGCGCGGCGCGGGAUCUGAAUGAUUUAGUCGAUGUGGUGUGGGUGUCUGCGACGCCGAGUUUCCAGAUCCCGUACUUGCUGAGCAUCGCGCUGCUGCUCACGGAGUUCCUGCCGUCGUUCCCCGCGGCGCCGGGGAGCAUGUUUGGGCUGCUGGAGAAGCUGGACCAGGCGUUUGCGGCGCUGCUGGUUGGAAGGGAUCCGGAGACUGGGGAGGUGUUGCCGGGGAUUGCGGCGAGGGGGGUUAGCACGACGGAGAAGAUUCGGAUGAAGAGUUUGGUGGAGCGGACGAGGGUGGUGGUUGUGGAGGUGAUGGCGAGGCGGCAUGGUGGUGGGGGGGAGGAGACGGAUGUUGAUGAUGGGGCUAUGGAUGUGGAUGUGGAUACUGAGGAGGAUGGGGAAGGUAGAUGGGGCGAAGGGGAAGGGGAUGAGGAGGACGAGUGGGAGAUGGCGAUAGGUAGGGUGUAUGAGCAGACGAUUGGGGAGUUGGGGGAGAGUGUUGAGGGACCGCCUAUUGGGAUUAUCACGAAUGGCAGCUCAAUUGGCCUCCUCCCCCUCCGAGUGAGCACCGAGCCAAUCGAACCGACCGACGCCGCCAACUCGUCUGACCACCAGGACCGCAUUCGAGCCCCCCAGUGA